CACAAUUUCUUUCUUACAUAAAUAUCGCGAGUGAUCAAAAAUCCAAUGACGAGGAUGUAAUUUUAAAUAUUCCGCGAUUAAAGGAUUGAGUCAUUUGUUAGCCUGUUGAAUAACGUGUUAGAUAAGUAAAGUCCAGAAAUUUUAUACGUGUUUAGUGAUUUGGCUAUUUGUAUGUGAUUGUAACAAUGAGAAACCGGAAAAAGAGUGAUUACUUGCGCACGUCGCGCGUUGGACAGGUGGUUGAUCGGUGGCGAACGAGACGGCGAGCAAUUAACGAAAUAUGCAAUUAAAAGACCGAAUAGACAGGGAUAAUUGAAACAUCCAUGGGUGGAAAGGAGGAAGAAGAGGCUGGGGACGUAGCCGUCAAGAUGCCGGAGGCCACUCUGAAAAUAUUCAACGGUGUACAGUACAUGGGUUCGUUUCCUGUGGCAAUUCCCGACAUUGCCAGCCGAGCUGAGUACGUACGCUCCCAGUUGGAGACCCUUAGAUAUAGUGAUCGGUCCACGCCCGUUCUCCUGAUAGUGUCGCUCGCGGGUAUUAAAGUAUGCAGUCCAGAUGGAAAAUGCGUGCAAAUGGCGCACGCGUUAAGGCGCAUCUCGUACGCAACCUGUGAACCUCAGCACGCUCAAUUCAGCUUCCUCGCCCGAGAGCCUAGAGCGCACUUCAGCAUACAAUAUUGCCACUCUUUUAUCACCGAAUCUGCAGAACAGGCGGAGGAGUUAAACACCAUUGUCGGCAAUGCUUUUCGUAUGGCAUACGUGGCGCAACUUCAGCGCCAACCGAUCCUUCAAGAUGUGAUCUCACCGCAAUCAUCACCACCCUACCGAAAGGACAAACAAGAGAAUCGAUCUUCGUGGAACAAAUCGCUGGCUGGCGACAGCUCGAUCGCCGGCGCGGGAGGUGUUUGCAGGAAUUCGUCUUCGAAUUCGUGGUUAAAAAGUCGGACGUCGCCCACGUCCAGAACUGGAAGCGGCUCGUCUGCGGCGGACAUGAACGUACAGCUCGGCAGCGCCGGCUCGCCCACGCUGCGACUCGCUAGCGUGAAGACACCGAACUCGAUCCCGGGUCUACGGCCGACGCACAACUUUACGAACGUUCUCGGCCCUAUUACGAACGAGGAUGAGCCAAAGAGUAUCUCUCAGCAGAGCACACCGAGCAGCGAUGAGAGCAACUCACCGACGGAACUAAACUCGUACAAGAGACUAACGGACAAGCCACCUCUGAUAAAGCGGCUGGCGAUGGGUUUGACAGGUGGACGUGACGUUCUUGGACUGAACGGUGAGGAUGACAGCUGCCCCCUCGUCAGUGGUAGCAGCACACCGACGAGCCCAUCAAACAGGCCGCAUUCUGGGGGUUAUAUAAACGAGGCGAUCAUCGACUCCGAGGGUACGAGGCCGACCUACAACAAGAUACCCCCGUCUGAGAGCCUGGAUAAUACUAUCAACGCGUCUAUUACCGCGAAAAACUUCAACAUUGAGAACAACAGGAUAGGACACAAUUCUCCGAGCUCUGGUACAGAAACAGAAUUCAAAUCGAAGAGAAGAUCUCAGAUCAGCACUUCGAGCAGUUCGGUACCCGCUGAUGGAAGUACACACGGUUCCACACCGACCCCACCACCUCUUCCUGAAAGAACGGAUAGUCUCAAUAAUCGCAGCGAAGAAGCUGAACUGCGUAAAGCUCCCUGGUUCCAGGCUGGAAUACCAAGGGAAAUAACGCUGGAAGUGUUGAGCCAAGAGCCGGAAGGAGCCUUCAUGGUGAGAGAGAGCACCAGUAAACCCGGAUGUUAUGCCCUUUCGCUUCGAGUGCCGCGCGAAUUCCAACCAAGCGGAAUAGCCCAUUAUCUCAUAAUGCGCACGAACAAAGGCUACAAAAUCAAGGGCUUCACAAAGGAAUUCACAACUCUGACCGCCCUAAUUACUCAUCACUCGGUGAUGCCAGAAUUACUGCCGUGCCCGUUGUCAUUAAGUCGAUACAAUCCUAGCUUUGUGAAAAGCGAUUCCAACAAAGACUUCGCGGACAUCGAUUCAGACCCCGAUUACAAUACCUUAGCCGAUUUCCGUAAAAUGAUGGCUGACCUGAACGUCUAGAAAAAGCUGGCAAUCAGGACGAUCUGGUAAAAUCGAUGCUUUCACCGACGCUCUUCGAACCGAACGAUUAAAGCGAAUUCGUUCAGAGAGACUACGAGAAAUUGAGACGCGUUUCACGAUACAAUUUCGUACGAGAUCACGUAAAUGCGGGUACAGGCACGAAGAGUUCGUGAAAUCAUUGAAACGUGUUUUUAUCUUGAAUUUCAUAUCGUCCUCGGUCGAUCAUGUUCGUCGAUUAAUAAAGAAAUUUCUUGAUCGCGUAACGAACUAAUUUGUUGUUGCAACGAUUCAUCGCAUACUCGAGAAUGAAAUGCGUCGCACGUUCGAAUGAUUCUGUACGUUGCCGCGGUGAUAUGUAUUUCAUAAGUCAUCGAUAACGAUAGGAAACAUAGCGUAAGUAAUUUAACGACCGCCGCUAUUCAUGAAAAUAACAGCGAAUCAAAAGUCGGAGGACGCAUAGCAGGGAAACUGAUUCCUCAUUUUAUAGAUCGAGUCGCAGGGUUCGCGUUAAAUCAACGAGAAACUAUCGAUAUCUAUUUCAUUGAAUUAAAUCGUUAACAGUUGACGAGGAUCGCUCGACGCGUGCCGAUACGCCUUGACGCUGACUCUGCGAUAGAAAAUUUCGAAUGACAACUAGUUUACAGCAUUUUCGAUGAGCUAGUUUAUUGUAGAAUUUGGAUGGAAUAAAAGUUAUCACAAAAAAUGAGAUAAGUAUAUUUUUUAAUGUUACUGCGAAUGUCUCUUGAAUGGUUUUCUCGUUCCGGACGAAUGUGUGAAAUCUUAUGCUGUUGAAUUUAGUUUAGAAAUCGAAGGUUAUUUGACAGCGUUGCAUUACCCGACAACAAUCGUCAAAGCAGAAGCAAAAAAAAAAAAAAAAAAAAAAAAGAAAUGAUAAAAUUUACCAAUAAAAUAUUAUCAGAGGAGUUCAACAUAUUUAGCAGAUCGAUGUAUGUGACUUUGAACAGGACGACAAUGCAAUGAGAUUUUUCGUAAUUUUCGAUCGAUUGAAAGGAGGAUUUUUAAAAUCCUUCGAGGAUUCUACCAUUAGAAUUUCACGCGGCUAAAUAGUGUUUUACAAAAUUAAUGUAAAUGUGUUUAUAUGUAUAUAAAUUAUAAUUAUUGUUAUACGAUACUACUCAUAUUUAAUUAAAUGACAUUGACGGCAUCGUUAGGAGGAACUACACCCUUGAGACAGUGACAACAGGAAGCGUAGAAUACCAUGGAAUUUUGAAGCCGACGAAAGAAAUAAUUUUACACUGAUAAUUUAAUUGUUCGACUAACCUAGUCUUGUACAGAAUUUAUGCGCGCAUAGUUGAUAUUAAAAAAAGAGAAGAAGAAAAGAAUAAGCAACUGUAUAAUCAUAUGUGCGUAUUAAUUAACAUACAAUCGAUAAACGAGAAAAAUCGGAGACUAUGUGCCGCUUUUUAUACGCCCAAGGACAUGAAAUUUUAAGAAUACAAUUCGAUAGAACUCUUGCUUCAUCAUUUUUUCGAUAUACGAAAUGACAAGGAAUGAUAAAUUAAAAUUUACAUAACUAUCAUCGAAUUCAUCGAAUAAUAUGAACGCGUUAGAUCAGAUUUUACAAACGGCAGACUGUCGUUGAUUUAUCCUACAAGGUAACGCGAAUGAGACACAUGAUAACUGACAAAUAAUAAAAUAGUAUUUUAAUAAGGAGUUUACCCACGUUCAAAUAUCUGGUAUUAAAUUAAAUACAAUACCCCAUCCCUACAAUGCUAGAGCAUUUACGUAUAAAAUCGAUAAAUGUGUCUUGUAUUCAUUUAUUUAAACCGUAUCAACCGAAAAUGUAACAUCUACAAUGCGGACUUGAAAAUAUAA